CUGUUAGUUAGUCAGGAACGUAGGACGAUGAAAAUUUCAUCUGUCUAAGUUGGGGACUUGACUGUUGAAUUCAUCAGGCCUACCAGAGUGGCAUCACAACGUGACAGAUUGAAUAUAAUCAACGAGCGUUGUUAGAGACAAGAAUCAUAGAAAGCUAAAAAUGUUUUUCUAUACUAGAUAAUAAUGACGAUUAAAAAAAUUGUUUAACAAACAUAGAUAUUUCAAAACAGAAGAAAUUCACGAAAGACAAUUUUAUAGGUACUGGUACUAAUGGAUUUGGUAUCUUUUACAGUGAAAGACAGUGAGGCGCCGUGAUAUCUGGAAGAGUGGUGCUCGAGGAGGAAAGUGAUGUAUAGAAGAAAAAGUUGGCAAGUGGUAUUAGAAACAGUCAACGCCGUGCAAACCACUGAUAAGUCAAACAAGAGAAAUGUUGUACGCAGAAGAUACGUAGCACUGAUUACAGAGUCAAGUACUUGCAAAAUCCUUAAAAGUCACUGGAAGGGUUACCAAAGUCGAAUGACAGUCAUCGAACGUACGUGAAGUGGUAGCGACAGGGAAUGUGCUUCGAUCCACCGGAAUAGAUGAUUUCGUGACGAAGGCCUUAUUGAAGUGACGGAGGAGAAUUCUUUUACAGUACAUAUAUAUAUUAUAUAUAUAUUAUUGAUAUUAAAAAAAAAUAAUAAUAAUAUCACGAGAAUGUCGAAGAAGCAAUGGUUGGUUCUGUUGAUGCUUUUCUUGACUUAUCUAUUGUUGGGUGCAUCGAUAUUUUAUCACAUAGAGAGCAGAUUAGAAAUUAAGAAGAUACAGCAGGCAAGAGAGGAGCGCAUUGAAAUCUAUGAUCUUCUACAGAAGCACUACGUUCCAAAUUACAAACACGAUCAGAAGGAGAUACUCACUAAGUUAACCAUUUAUUGUGGCAAGUCCGUUUUCAAUUAUACAGAGGGUGAAUAUGUCCCCCAAAAAUGGGAUUUUUACAACAGUUUUUAUUUUGCCUAUACAGUCGUUAGCACCAUUGGAUACGGAAAUCUGGCGCCUACAAAUAUGCUUGGUAGAAUUUUGAUGAUUUUUUAUGGACUCAUCGGCAUCCCCAUGAAUGGUAUUUUACUGACGCAACUCGGUGAAUUCUUUGGUAACGUCUUCGUCAGGGCUCACAAGAAGUACAAGUCUUAUAAAAGAGGUCACAGCGACUCGCCAAAAAAGCUUACCCCAUUGGAGACCAGGAAGGCUGGAUUUGCUGCUCAAAUAUUUAUGUACUUGAUACCUGGAUUUGUCAUGUUUAUAUUUUUUCCGGCAUUUCUAUUUUCGCAUUACGAGGGUUGGAGUUAUGACGAGGCUGUUUAUUACGCAUUUGUCACACUGACUACCAUUGGAUUCGGUGACUACGUUGCUGGACAAGAUAAUACCAAGGGUAGCGGAAUCUUUUUUAUUCUCUAUAAAACUUUUCUUAUAUGCUGGAUAUCAUUCGGUCUCGGUUACAUUGUCAUGAUAAUGACUUUUAUAACACGCGGAAUGCGGAGUAAAAAAAUCACAAAGCUCGAGCACAAGCUGGCCAUGAAUCUUAAGCAUACCCAGAGUAGGAUUUGGACUGAAUUUAAUAAGGAAGUAGGAUACCUUAGGAGGAUCUUCAAUGAGUUGCAACUCUCUAAAGUCAAGAGGAUUUACGUAGACGAGUACGACUACGAAACACCCCCGACAAAAUUCUCACGUAGCAGCAGCUUUCCGGAUAUCAGGGAUCUUGUUUAUGGCGGUUUGGAAACUCCAAUUCCGCCUCAUCCAAGACGACGAGCGAAUAGUGCAGUAGUACCGAUGGAGGCUCAGGUGAUUCGCGUAGCAUCGGAAACCGAUCUGCAACGAAUCGACAAGACUGCAACAUUUGCAUCCCACGCGAUAGUUCAGCCUGCAGAAUUAUUGGCACGUCUGGUGAACGUCCUGGGUUACAUACCACCGAUGUCGGAUGAUCAGGAGCAGAAUCAGGAGGAGAAGGGUGUGCAGGGUUUCAGUGAUAAGGAGAUCUUGAGUAACGAGAGAUCUUGGAAUGGAUCGGGUUGGAGAAUCGGUAACGAGAAGAUAUCUCAAAUCAAGCCGAGGUCCAGGGCGACUAGUGAAAUUAGACUAGAUGCCAAGAAUGAGAAUCCUGUCCACCAGCAGAACACUGAGUGGACCUGGUCGGGUCCAGCUGCCUCUGGAAAGAUUCAGGAACUUAUAAAGGCGCGUAGAACGUCCAGUAAUAAGGAUGGCAAGUCCAGGUUCCCAUCUUUCAGUCUGCCGUCGGUUCCUAAGGCUAUAUUGCCAAGGUGGAUCAGGCAGUUUUCAAACAAGAAGACUGCUGAUGAACGGUCCAGUAGGAAUUCAAUAGCACCUGAAGACUGCGAAGGUGGCGUCUCUGAGAACUAUCUCUCUCACACGGGCAAUACUCCAUUUAAUAUGGAUAGGAGAAGCUCCAAUUCGCGCGCCUACUUUACUCACACAGGAACUGGAAAUCUGCCUACUUCCUUGGAGGGUAGUCAUUUCUUGGAAGAGACAUCGGUAGGCGAUUUUCUCAGGGCGCUGACAGCACUCCACAAUAGAGUCGGUGCUAUACCUGACGACUAUGCUGGGAAACCCCAGAGGAAGUUGGGUACAGCCAGUCUGACACCACCGAAGCUUCCUAGUCUUCUGACACUGUUUUCACCACUUUCCGGCACCACCUCCGGAAGUAAUAGUCAUCAAAGUACAUUCACAACCGCUCAAAGUCCUAGUAGAAGGUUCUCCCUGAUGACUUCUGAAAAUUCUGGUAACUCUACACCUAGCUAUUGUAGAAGAGGUAGUAUUGCACCAGCUGUUAAACCGAGAAGGUUCUCCCUGAGACCCGUCAUAACUCCUGGAGGAACGCCACCGCUUCAUAAUUCUCCGUACCUUUCGCGUCCCAGGCAUACAACACGAGGACAAAAUCCAUCGCCAUAUUCAGCAGAUCCGUUUGUCUUCGAAUGUCCUAAGGAACCUCUGGUAAAUAUGGAGAGUGGACCAGGGGUCUCAUCGCCUGUGAGUACGGUUGCUAGUCGGAGAAGAUUUUCCUUGAGACCGGCUCAAAUCGGUGUUCCGCCGGCACCAGCGAAUCCUAUACCCUCAGCGACAUCACUGGCAAAGCCCAAGUGGAGGGCAGGCCUUCUUCAGAGGCAAAUAACUGAGAUGAAUCUUCAGAAGAGGGUGCGGGCACUCAGUCUAGGCGACGUCAAUGUAGAAACUUCUGAGAAAACUCAAGUUUUAAGCCCACUGGUGCUUUUCGACAAAGGCGGUUCGUCCGUCCAGAAGGAUUCCUUUAAUAAAUUUCAGGGGAAGGCCAGUCCUCUAGUAUCGCCCAGGACACUAACUAUAGUGCCACCGGAUCCUGGAAGUAGGAUCAUGGAUGCGAAGCAGAUGAACAGUCAAAUUGAGCCCUCUGCUAUAAAUCUUUUUGUUGUACCACCAUCUAAUUUGACGGCUCAUACCCAACCAAUCGUAUCGUGUACUAAUCCAUUUAUCGGAAUUAACAACGGCGAAAAUGUGAACCAGACAGGAGUAUUUCAGUUCUCUAGUGAGAAACCUAAUGAUUCUUUGGAACUGGAAUCCGUGGUGAUUGAUUCACCUUCGAGAGAGGCUGAGACUAUUUCUGAAACCUUAGCCAAAGUCAAGAGUAUCACGACUGCACCAAUUUCGACCCAGACAAAUGUAGAGAGUGUUACAGGUACUGAUACAAUUUUGAAAAAUGAUCCUGCGCAACAUCCUAUAAUAGUUACGGAUCUCCAAACUGAUAAAAUUUCAGAAAUUUCGAAAGUUGGUACAAAUAUAAUGAAACAGUCUGCAAUUAGUAUAGCUACAAAACUAGAACUAGAUAAUGACAAAAUCGCCAUAGUAUCUACUAAUAAACUCAACAAUACAGAUGAUGAAAAUAGCAGAAGCAUCUCUGUAGUCUCUACAGUUGAUGAUAUGGAAAAAUUGAGAAACAGCCACGGGUCAGAAAUUGAUACUAGACCGCCUAGUCGAAGCACAUUUACAAAUUCUCAAAGCAGUACAGUCAUCCUGGGAAGUCAGACAAGUGAAGAGGAAGCAGUAUCCGAACCAAGAUCCAAAAGUAGAAAAAUAUCAGAUAUCGCCACUAAAUCGUCCAGUAGAAAAAUUUCAAGGAUCUCACAGCGAAGUACAUCAUCCUCUGAUAGAUCCGCAAGGGUCGAUGAUGACGCAUCCAGUCGUAAGGUGUCAACAGUAUCUAUAGAGCCAUGGGCAGACUGUCAAAAAUAUUCUACAGGUAGUAGAAAAAUUUCCACAGUAUCUGGUCAGAGUGUUUCAGUAGGUUCUAGUACAAAUAGUCGGAAAAAUUCAACAGUGAAAUCACCAGGAGAUAAACCAUGUGUAUCCAUAGAUUCAUAUAAAACUAUAACGGAGGUGACCAUAGAAAAACCUAGUAUUAAUCCGUUCGAACAGUACAAGGCUACCAUGGAAAAAAAUACCCAGGAAGAGAAAGAAUCUCUUACUCAAGUCAUGGUGGAUCCUUCAGAUGUAAAGACAGAAAGUAGAGUAAGGAAAUUAUCUAGAAUGCUCCUUCAUACACCUCGAAACGAGUCCGAGGAUUAGAAAGUUAAAAGAGUUGUUCGGAUCUCAAACAAAAAAAAAAGACAAUAAUUAA